CCCCCUCCAUCUCCUCUACCCUCUCCCUCCCCCUAGCCUGAGGGCGGGCGCCGACCUCCUACUGCAAUCGAGUGAGCGCAAUGCUCUUGGAGUCCGAGGGCGCUGCCCGCUUGCGAAGUGCUGCCGCCGUGCCUGCCGUCUCCGGCUUGGGCACUCUGUCCCGCACAGAGACACGCAGGGGAUGGUGACUGGCCUGAAGCUGGCAGCAUGGAGCCCCUCUUUCCAGCUUCCACACCCAGCUGGAAUGCCUCGGCUGCUUCCAGUGGUAACCGUAACUGGUCACUGGUGGGCCCAGCAUCAUCGAUGGGAGCUCCGGGGAUACUAGUGCCUGUGCUCUACUUAUUGGUGUGCACGGUGGGGCUGGGGGGAAACACACUGGUCAUCUAUGUGGUGCUGCGGCAUGCCAAGAUGAAGACAGUUACGAACGUAUACAUCCUGAACCUGGCUGUGGCCGACGUAUUGUUCAUGUUGGGGCUUCCCUUCCUGGCUACACAGAACGCCAUCUCCUACUGGCCCUUUGGCUCCUUCCUAUGCCGCCUGGUCAUGACGCUGGACGGCAUCAACCAGUUCACCAGCAUCUUCUGCCUGAUGGUCAUGAGUGUUGACCGCUACCUGGCUGUGGUCCACCCUCUCCGCUCAGCCCGGUGGCGUCGCCCACGGGUAGCCAAGCUGGCUAGCGCUGCUGUCUGGGUCUUCUCACUGCUCAUGUCUCUGCCCCUCUUGGUCUUCGCAGAUGUCCAGGAGGGCUGGGGCACCUGCAACCUGAUCUGGCCGGAGCCUGUGCAACUGUGGGGUGCAGCCUUCAUCACCUACACGUCUGUGCUGGGCUUCUUUGGGCCCCUGCUGGUCAUCUGCCUGUGCUACCUGCUCAUUGUGGUGAAGGUGAAGGCCGCCGGUGUGCGCGUGGGCUCCUCCCGGCGACGGCGCUCAGAGCGCAAGGUGACUCGUAUGGUGGUGGUGGUGGUGCUGGUGUUCGUGGGCUGCUGGCUGCCUUUCUUCAUUGUCAACAUCGUCAACCUGGCCUUCACGCUGCCUGAGGAGCCCGUCUCCGCUGGCCUCUACUUCUUCGUGGUGGUCUUGUCUUACGCCAACAGCUGUGCCAACCCCCUGCUCUAUGGCUUUCUCUCUGAUAACUUCCGCCAGAGCUUCCGGAAGGUUCUGUGCCUACGUAGAGGAUACGGGAUGGAGGAUGCAGAUGUCGUAGAACCACAGCCGGACAAGAGUGGGCGGCCGCAGGCCACACUGCCCACACGCAGUUGUGAGGCCAAUGGACUCAUGCAGACCAGCAGGCUUUGAGUGCCCCCCCCCCCCCGAAGCACCCUGGUCCUGCCAGGCCACUCUGAUGUCGCCCUCUGGGAUGUGAGUGUGCCGACAUGCUCUUGUGCCCGAGUCUGCAAGCUGGACUCCUCUUGGUAGCAGUGUGAAGGCAGCUGCCUGGGGCUAAGCCAAGGGUG